AUGCUGCGGUUGCCAGAAUUCCUUCAGCUGCUCCUGCUGUUCAAAAUGGGAAUGAUGACUAGAGGCAUGGAUGUGUGUCCAUCACUUUGUGACUGCUCUGAUUGGGACCACUUCAAGAUCACCUGCACAGAGAUCCAUUUCAUCCCCAACCUACCACAGGGCACCCAGACUUUGAGAUUUAUGGAAACACAUCUAAAAAUAAUUCCCAGAGAAGCAUUCUCCAAUCUCCCCAACAUCUCAAGAAUCUACAUCUCCAUAGAUGCAGCUCUGCACAUGUUGGAGGCUGAUUCUUUCAGCAAUUUAAGCAAGGUCAUCCAUAUAGAAAUUAGAAAUGCUAGAAACCUAAGUUACAUACAUCCUGAUGCCUUUAAGAACCUCCCGCAGCUAAAAAACCUUGUGAUCUUGAAUACUGGGCUCAGAAUUUUUCCUGACCUCACCAAAAUUUACUCAACAGAUGUGAAUUUUUUACUCGAAAUUGCUGAUAAUCCUCACAUUUAUUUGCUGCCUCCGAAUGGAUUCCAUGGGCUGUGCAAUGAAUCCCUCACACUAAAACUCUACAAUAAUGGUUUCACAAAGAUACCGGCCCAUGCAUUCAAUUGGACAAAGCUGGAUUCUGUGUACCUGCACAAGAAUAAAUAUCUAAGAAUUAUUGAUGAAGAUGCAUUUAUGGGAGUGCAGAGUGGUCCAUCACUACUGGAUGUCUCCCAGACUAGUAUUGUUACCCUGCCAGAAAGAGGACUUGAAAAGCUUAAAGAACUGAUGGCACAAAAUACAUGGACACUGAAGAAGUUCCCCCCUAUAAAAACAUUUCCUCAUCUAAUUCGAGCUAAACUAUCAUACCCAAGCCACUGUUGUGGGGUCAGGAACUGGAAAAAAGCCAAAGGCAUUCUCGAGCUCCUGUUGUGCAACCAAACUAACAAUUACAACUUGCGCAAGAGAAGAUCUGCCAGUACCUCCAGGGUCCCCUUUUAUCAAGAUUACGCAGAAGAUGAUUCAGAUCAUACUGAUACCGCAUAUGAUGAAACUACCAGCUUCAGAGAUUUUCAUGGAAAUCCUCAUUAUUACGUCUUUUUUGAAGAGCAAGAUGAUAGAGAGAUUGGGUUUGGCCAAGAGCUCAAGAAUCUUCAAGAGGAGAACACCCCAGGAUUUGACAACCAUUAUGAUUACUUUAUCUGUGGGGGAAGUGAUGAUAUUGUGUGCACCCCAGAACCUGAUGAGUUCAAUCCCUGUGAAGACAUAAUGGGAUACGGAUUUCUAAGGAUUGUGGUAUGGUUUGUGAACUUAUUAGCUAUUCUGGGCAAUGUUUUUGUUCUCUUUAUUCUUCUCACCAGCCAUUACAAGUUGACCGUUCCUCGCUUCCUGAUGUGUAACCUGGCUUUUGCUGAUUUCUGUAUGGGAUUAUACCUUCUCCUGAUUGCUUCAGUGGAUCUUUAUACUAAGUCGGAGUACUACAACCAUGCCAUUGAUUGGCAAACUGGGUCAGGUUGUAACACUGCUGGCUUUUUCACUGUCUUUGCUAGUGAAUUGUCCGUCUUCACCUUGACCGCAAUCACCCUGGAGCGCUGGUAUGCCAUCACCUUUGCCAUGCGGUUGGACAAGAAGAUUCGCCUCUGGCAUGCUUCUGUUACCAUGUUGGGUGGUUGGCUGAUAUGUUUCCUUCUUGCCGUUCUGCCAUUGCUUGGAGUCAGCAGUUAUGGAAAAGUCAGUAUCUGUCUUCCUAUGGACACUGAAACACCUUUAGAUCAAGCCUACAUUAUAAUUGUUUUAUUGCUGAACAUCAUCGCUUUCAUCAUAAUUUGUGCCUGUUAUAUAAAAAUCUAUAUCACUGUGAGGAAUCCACAGUACAAGUCAGGGGACAAAGAUACUAUUAUUGCCAAAAGGAUGGCAGUGUUAAUUUUUACAGACUUCUUAUGCAUGGCCCCAAUCUCAUUCUAUGCAUUGUCUGCUAUAAUGAACAAGCCCCUAAUAACUGUUAGCAACUCAAAAAUCCUGCUGGUUCUCUUCUAUCCACUCAACUCCUGUGCUAACCCAUUCCUUUAUGCUAUCUUUACCAAAGCGUUCCGGAGAGAUGUUUUCAUCUUGCUCAGCAAGUUUGGGUUAUGUGAGCAUCAGGCUCAAGUCUACCGGGGCCAGACGGUCUCCCCCAAGAACAGCAGUGGCUCUUAUAACCAGAAGGGCGGCAGCCGAGGGAUGGGCCAGAAUCUCAUCAACCUUCAAGACUGUCAUCAUGGCUCGUCUGAAGACUACCAACCAACGGCGGCACCGCAUGCUCAAACUCCGAAAGACAAUAAACUCACUGUAUUGUAG